UAAGUGACAUUGACAGUUGGCUGAGGCUGAGUCUGUCAGUCUUGUGUAGUGUUUUUGUAAUGCUAAAAAUCUUAUUGGUGUAUACAUUUUAUAACCAAGAUGAGUUAUUACGAUAAAAGGUGUAGAAUUUGCCUUCAAGAUGAAGCUUCUUAUCCAAUAUUUGAAAAAGUUGAGGAUUUAAAAAACAAUAACAUCCAAUCAAAGAUUUCAACUUGUUUGCACGUUAACAUAGAAGAUGUAGAAGGAUAUCCGCGUCAAAUAUGUAAUAAUUGCAAUGAAACUUUAGAUGUUCUUUGCAAUUUCAUAAAUGUAUUUAAACAGAGUUGCAAAACCUUAGAAACUAAGUUAAUUCAUAUUAAAAUAGAGAACGCCUCGAGUAAUUAUGAUUCAGAUUUUGGUCCAGAAAUUAGUAUUAAGGAGGAAUCCCCCGAUCUUAAAGAUUUGGAUGAUAAAACAUUACCAACAAAAGUUAAUUCCAUACAUAGUAGAUGUAAAGAAAAAAAAGUAGUAAAAAAGGUGUUACCCAAGAAACAAAUUGACAAGGAAAAAAUAAAUACUGUAGCAUCAUCUAUUCUAGAAGGAGAAUUUACAUGGAGUGGUGAACAAUGGUGUCUGAAUAAAAAAGAAUCUACUCAAACUGCUAUUCAGCAAACUGAAAAGAAAAUACACCAAGUAAAAAAGAAACAAGUGCCAAAGGGAAAGAAACAACCACCACCAAAGCUGUGUGAUUUGUGCGGAGAGGUGUUUGAACAGGACAAACUAGUGUCACAUAUGAAAAGGGUUCAUUUGAACAGUCCUGCUAAAUGCCCCGUCUGCGCACGCAUCUGUUGCUCCCAAUAUUACUUAAAUCGUCACAUACAGAGAAGACACCAAGAUAAUAAGAAGUAUCCAUGCAAAUCUUGUGAAAAAUCAUUUGCAUUUAUUGGUGAAUUACGGAGCCAUAUAAAAUAUGUUCAUGAGAAAAUAAGAAAAACACCUCAAAUAUUCCCUUGUGAUAUGUGUGAAAGAACUUUUAAAUGUUUGCAAUCUCUCACAAUUCAUAGGCGAUCCGUUCAUACAGGAGAGCGACCUGAAAAAUGUUCAGUCUGUGGUGCUGGUUUUUACCAUGUUGUUUAUCUGAGAGAACACAUGAGACUUCACACCGGAGAAACUCCAUACAAAUGUCCCAUUUGUGAUCGAGGUUACGCUCAGCGAGGGAAUAUGAGAAGUCACCUUCGGAUCCACAGGAAAUCAGAGUUGGAUGCUGCUACAUUAAGUAAAAUAAAACCUAGACUUCUUAGAUUUCUUAAAGCUUAGCCACAAACAUUAGGAUUUUUUGUAUAGUUUUAAUUGUGAUUGAUUGGUUAUUGGUGCUAGCAAUUUUUCAGAUUAUACAAAAACAAUUUUUUUUUUAAGUGUUACGUACUAAAAGACGACAGUUAUAAAAUAAAUAAGUUUAUUA